CCGAGUUCCAAGAUGGCGGCGAACAUGUGUUCGCCCAGCGCCUUGACGGCUUGACGGCUUGACGGCCGUCUGUCAAGGAACGGAACUCACUCGUUGUCGUUGACGUAGCUCUCCCGAUCCGGGACCGGGAUCUGUCCUCCCUUUUUCUCUAGACCCUUUCUUCACCCUCUAGGAACCGCCAAGCGGAGUAGCGACUAUUAUGGCGACCUGUGGCGAGUACAUCCGCAGCCAGUUCCCGACGAUAGACGACGAUCUGUAUCAAUACGUGCAAGGUAUCCUGGACAGCUCCAAGGAUGACUUCGAGGACGGCGACGAGGUGUACGAGGCGAUCGGGCAGGUGCUGCACGAGGUGGCGGACAAAUCAGAAAACGAGGUUAGGCAAAUAUGCGCGAGACUGUUGGAAAUAUUGAAAGGUAGUUCGAACGACGACGACAUGGACAGGAGAAGAAACGGUGUUAACAAAGUAUUAAACGCUCCGGUGCAUCUGGGCUCGUUAGCCGCUACCUUGGAGGCGCAAGUCGAGCAGAUUAAGAGUAUAUGGGUUACGACCAGAGACGACGCGAUGAAAGUAGACGCCAAGAAGCUGGAGAAAGCCGAGGCCAAGUUGCAACAGAAACAGGAAAGACGAAUCGUAAAUGAGCAGGGGUCGGCUUCCCGUGUUAACACUGCCAAUCAUGCGGUUGAAAGCGCGGCUAGCGCCAGUCAAAUGACGAGUAAGAAGGAUAAUCGGAUGGAGACGAAAGGUGGGGUGAACAAAAGCCAGGAUAUCAGAAUAGAGAACUUUGAUGUCGCUUAUGGCGAUAGAGUGUUGUUGCAAGGUGCUGACUUGACGCUUGCAUUUGGCAGGCGAUACGGUCUGAUAGGUAGAAACGGACUCGGCAAAACCACUCUGCUUCGAAUGAUAUCGAGCAAGCAGCUGAGAAUACCGUCGCACGUGCGAGUUUUGCACGUGGAGCAGGAGGUAGCCGGCGACGACACGUCUGCAAUCGAAUCCGUUCUGGAGUGCGAUCAGGAACGGAGCGCGUUGCUCAGUCAGGAGGCCAAGUUGCAAGCAGCGAUAGAAAAGGACGGCUCCAAGGCGGGUGACGCGUUAGGCGAGGAAUUGGCUCGGGUGUACGAAGCGAUGCAGUUAGCCGAGGUCGACAAGGCGCCCGCUAGGGCAAGCGCGAUCCUGUCGGGACUCGGAUUCUCCGUCGAGAGACAAUCCUGGCCAACAAAAGCGUUCUCCGGCGGCUGGCGGAUGAGACUCGCUCUCGCGAGGGCACUCUUCUCCAAGCCGGACCUGUUGCUGCUUGACGAGCCGACCAACAUGCUCGAUAUCAAAGCGAUACUGUGGUUGGAAAAGUAUCUGCAAACUUGGCCGAAAACGUUACUCGUAGUGUCGCACGAUCGAAAGUUUUUAGACACGGUGCCCACUGAUAUUCUCUAUCUACGUGGACAAAAAAUAGAGGCGUAUCGUGGCAAUUAUGAGCAAUUUGUGAAAACGAAAGGCGAACGGGAGAGGAACCAACAACGAGAGUACGAAGCUCAACAGGCUAAAAGAGCGCACGUACAGGAAUUUAUCGACAGAUUCCGAUACAAUGCGAAUCGCGCGUCUAGUGUACAAAGCAAGAUAAAGAUGUUAGAGAAAUUACCUGAGUUAAAACCAAUGGAAAAGGAAAGUGAAGUGACCCUCAAUUUUCCCGACGUCGAACCGUUAAGUCCGCCGAUAUUGCAGCUUAACGAAGUCUCGUACAGUUACAACGGGACCGACAUGGUAUUUAGCAAUGUGAAUCUUACUGCCAGUCUGCAAUCGCGCAUUUGUAUCGUAGGGGAAAACGGUGCUGGUAAAACUACCCUCUUGAAAAUUAUCACGGGCGCAUUGAGUCCAAUGCGAGGCACGGUGCAUGUACACCGAAAUCUCAAGUUCGGAUACUUCAGUCAGCAUCACGUUGAUCAACUGGACAUGCGUGUUUGUCCCGUCGAAUUGUUACAAACGCAUUUUCCCGGUAAACCAAUCGAAGAAUAUAGGCGAAUGCUCGGAAGUUUCGGCAUAAGCGGCAAUCUGGCUCUGCAAACUAUAAACUCCCUUUCGGGAGGGCAGAAAUCUAGGGUAGCGUUUGCGUUAAUGUGCGCCGCGAUGCCGAAUUUCCUAGUGCUCGACGAGCCCACGAAUCAUCUCGAUAUCGAAUCGAUCGAAGCAUUGGGAAAAGCUCUCAACAACUGCCAUGCUGGUGUAAUAUUGGUGUCGCACGAUGAACGUUUAAUUCAAAUGGUUUGUACAGAAUUGUGGGUUUGCGGGGAAGGAUCAGUUCGCUGUAUCGAAGAAGGCUUCGACGAGUAUCGCAGAAUCAUUGAGAAGGAGCUUGAAUUAUAAAAAGUUAAGUUUUUUGUCUAAUGUGAUAUCGUCAUCUUACGUUGUCCUACCGAAUAAUGCAUCAUGAUAAACGUUCUAAAGAAGUAUCGUCUUUAAUUAAAAUUAUUUUUUUCGAGAUAUUUCAUCGCCAAAGGUAUGUUAUUUAUUUUUUUAAUGCUUUUUCCGAAACAAAUAUAGUGACCAUUAAUUAUA